CGCAUUGCCAUCGUGAUGGCGUCGCACGCGCUCCGCCUCCGUCCGCUGCUCUCCACCGCGCGCCCCACGCCCCCGCCGCCGCGCGCCGCCACCGCCGGGCGCCGCUCCUCGUUCGUCAUAGUCCGGUGCUCCGCCGCACAGGCGCUCAAGAUCAAGUCGAUUCCCACCAAGCCGGUCGAGGGGCAGAAGACCGGAACUAGCGGAUUGAGGAAAAAGGUCAAAGUGUUCCAGGAGGAGAACUACCUCGCCAACUGGAUUCAGGCUCUGUUCAAUUCAUUGCCACCGGAGGAUUAUGUGGGUAAAACCCUUGUACUUGGGGGUGAUGGACGGUACUUCAAUGUGGAGGCUGCUCAGAUUAUCAUAAAGGUUGCGGCUGGAAACGGUGUUGGGAAGAUCCUUGUCGGCAGGCAUGGUCUGCUGUCAACGCCUGCUGUAUCUGCUGUAAUUCGUAAAAGAAAAGCUAGCGGUGGCUUUGUCAUGAGUGCAAGUCAUAAUCCAGGUGGACCAGACAACGAUUGGGGUAUAAAGUUUAAUUAUAGCAGUGGGCAACCAGCACCAGAGACCAUUACUGACCAAAUAUAUGGGAACACACUUUCGAUUUCUGAAAUAAAAACAGCAGAUAUUCCUGAUGUUGAUUUGGCCGCUCUUGGAGUCACAAGUUAUGAUGAUUUCACUGUAGAAGUGAUAGAUCCUGUUUCAGACUACCUUGAAUUAAUGGAGAAUGUGUUUGACUUCCAACUUAUCAAGGAUCUUCUUUCUCGUCCUGAUUUCAGAUUCGUAUUUGAUGCCAUGCACGCAGUAACUGGUGCAUAUGCGGGACCCAUUUUUGUCGAGAAACUUGGAGCUGAUGCGGAUUGCAUACUAAAUGGAGUGCCUCUUGAAGAUUUUGGAGAUGGCCAUCCUGAUCCUAAUUUAACUUAUGCCAAGGAGCUAGUUUUUAUAAUGUUCGGAAGCCGUGCACCUGACUUCGGUGCAGCAAGUGAUGGCGAUGGAGAUCGAAACAUGAUUCUCGGAAAAAGGUUCUUUGUUACACCAUCAGACUCUGUUGCGAUGAUCGCAGCCAAUGCACAGGCGGCAAUUCCUUAUUUCCAGUCUGGCCUAAAAGGACUUGCUAGAUCAAUGCCAACCAGUGGUGCUGCUGAUCGUGUGGCUGAAAAAUUAAAUGUUCCAUUUUUUGAGGUUCCAACAGGCUGGAAAUUUUUUGCGAACCUAAUGGAUGCAGGAAAAUUGUCUAUAUGUGGAGAAGAAAGUUUCGGGACAGGGUCAGAUCACAUCAGAGAGAAGGAUGGCAUCUGGGCUGUUCUGGCUUGGCUCAACAUACUUGCGCAUAGAAACAAGGAUAAGAAGGUGGGGGAGAGACUUGUAUCUGUGGAAGAUGUAGCUAGGGAGCACUGGGCAACCUAUGGCAGGAAUUUCUUUUCCAGAUAUGAUUAUGAGGAGUGUGAAUCCGAGAGUGCAAAUAAGAUGAUGGAACACCUCAGAGAUUUAAUUUCGAAGAGCAGCCCUGGAGAGAAAUUUGGAGAUUACACCCUUCAGUUUGCUGAUGAUUUCAGUUACACUGACCCCGUAGAUGGUAGUAGUGUAUCAAAACAGGGACUUCGAUUUGUUUUCAGCGAUGGAUCAAGGAUUAUCUUCCGCCUAUCGGGAACUGGAUCGGCUGGAGCAACGAUCCGCCUGUACAUUGAGCAAUUCGAGUCCGAUGCCUCGAAGCAUGGCCUCGAUGCUCAAAUAGCUUUGAAGCCUUUAAUAGACCUAGCGUUGUCUAUCUCGAAGCUAAAGGACUUCACCGGAAGAAACCAGCCAACUGUCAUAACAUAGAAUAAACUUCCAGUGCUAGCGACUCCACCGUCUGUGUAUUCGUUUUUUGCUUUUUUUUUAAUGUCCUCCUUCCAAUCACAAAAAAUAACGGAGCCAUAGCCCGAGUGUCGAGUUGAGUUGUUGAUUUUUCCAAUAAAGGGGUUGUUGAUCCGGAGAUAUAAGAGUAUUGAGUUGAGAUGUUGAUGGCGGACAUGAAGAGUAUUUUCUAACUAGAAGAUUUAAUAUGAUGGUUGCUAUAUUAUGGAUUAGAAUCAGGGUUUUAAA